AGCUUGGAUUGGUGGACCGCUUUGCAAUCAUCAUUUUGUCAGUAUCUAAGGUGGCCUGUGGCCUUCCUUGCUCCUUGUCGCCUACUUUUUGCAACCGAAUCCUCAAAUCCCUAGCUCUACGAGCUUGCGGUGAGUGGGUCGAAUAGCGACUAGGGGCAGGUGUGUGGAGGAGCUCCUUUCCAUCUCCUCUGAGCCCCGCCUGCACAUAGGGUUUACGGGUGGUGUCCGUUUCUGGGGCUUCCGCUAAGACUCUGGCCCCGCCUCCCUUCCUUUCGCUGCACCUACUGCGGACGAGGCCCUGCUCUGGUCCCCAGGUCAGAGUUCCUCUAUAUUGGCCCCUCCCGACACUGUGGAGUAGAGCCUCUCUAGAAGUCUGGGCAUUGAAGACCGGGGGCGGUGUCAGGGACAUCCCUCUGUAAGAGGAUUGCUCCCUUUAAUAGCGUAAAAGGGAUUUUAACUCCUCUUGAGAUCCAGGUCUUGCUUUUUGUUCCUCUUUUGUUUUAUUCUCAAUUUUGGCAAUCCUACUCUUCUACGGGGCGUCUCUUAAUGUCCACCCCUGGCUCCGCUUUCCCCCCUCUACCCUCAUAGUUUCUCUUCUAGGCCCUCUUGGCAGAUGUAAGGAAAAGAGACUAAAAAAGAUCUUCAGCUGAGUGGACAUAAAGCGUGCUUAGCAUAGGAGGAAGUGGGAUUAAGCUAUAAAGAGAGGCAGUAUGGUAUAGGGAAUGACGUGGUGAGCUUGGAAUCUGGGCGACCCGGCUUCAAGUAUACCUAUAUUCGUGGAAAGCAUUUGGCCGAUCAGAGCAUCUGGCAACUCUUAAGACUAUAAACUGCAGAACAAUUGUGGAUCUGCCUUGAUAAAAGGAGUAUCCUCAAAGAAGACCGGAAAAGGAUCACCCUAAAUUAUAAACGUUAGCACCAACUGUAGUGAUCCAUCUUUUUUAUACAUAUUUAGAAUGGCUACACACCUUAACUCUGAAGCUCUGGAAGAGCAGGAGGAUCUUUUUAUAGUGAAAGAGGAAGCACAUUACUGGGAACAAGAAUCGAGCUUGCAACACAACCACAGCACAAGUGAAGUUUUCCGGCAGCAUUUCAGACAGCUCUGCUAUCAGGAGACAUCUGGACCGCGUGAAGCUCUAACUCGUCUUCGUGAACUUUGCCAUCAGUGGUUGAGACCAGAGAUGCACACAAAAGAACAGAUUUUGGAGUUCUUGGUAUUAGAGCAGUUCUUAACUAUCUUGCCCAAGGAUCUGCAGACCUGGGUACAAGAUCAUCAUCCAGAGAAUGGAGAGGAAGCAGUGACUGUCCUGGAGGAUUUGGAAAGAGAAAUUGAUGAACCAGCAUACCAGGGUCCAGCCAAUGUACAUAGACAAGAAACACUCUUUGAAGAGAUAGCACCUAAGGGAACAUCAAGAACAUCAACUGAGUCUCUAAGUAUCCAUCUCAAUCCCAGGAAGACACAGCUGAAAUGGAAAUCCUGGGAACUCUAUCCACUACAAAAGAAUGAUGAUGAAACCAAGACUGAAAAUGUGGGAUUGAUUCAAAAGGAAGAAACUUCUGAAGACAUGGAAUCACUCGGGGACAUAUAUGGCAGACUCAGUGGGCAUAUUUCCUGGGAUCCUAUAUUCAGACAAGCUUUUGAACCUGAAGACAGAUUAGAAUGGCAACAGGAAAACCUUGAAGGGAAAAGACGACACAAAUGUGAUGAGUGUGGAAAAGGUUUCAGUCAUAGCUCAGACCUUAGUAAGCAUAAGAGAACUCACACUGGGGAGAAGCCCUAUAAAUGUGAUGAGUGUGGAAAAGCUUUUAUUCAGCGCUCACAUCUCAUUGGACAUCAGAGGGUUCACACUGGAGUGAAGCCAUACAAAUGUAAAGAAUGUGGGAAAGAUUUCAGUGGUCGAACAGGCCUUGUUCAACAUCAGAGAAUCCACACUGGAGAGAAACCCUAUGAAUGUGAUGAAUGUGGGAGACCCUUCCGUGUGAGUUCAGCACUUAUUCGACAUCAACGAAUCCAUACAAACAAGUUCUAUUGAUGAAAAUCACAAAAACCUUCAUUAGUCGUUCAAGCUAGACAUAUAAGAUCAAAACAAGAGAAAAUUUGUGAUUGUUCUAUGAGGGAAAUAUCAGUAACCAUUGAAACUUUUUCUAGAAAAAGAAAAUCCAUCUGAAUAUUUUUGUUUGUUUUAUUUGCCAGAUCAAUUUUGGGGAGAAGAGAGGGGUAAGAGAUGGGGACCAGGGAAAAUUAUGUUUUUUUAAAGGCCUACAUUGUCCUUAAAUCUGUUUUAGAGAAAGCUGUUUACCUCACAAUACUUUCUGGAAUGAAUAGCUUUUGAGACUAAUACUCCUACAUCAUUCAACCUUCUCUCCCAAAUUCCUUCAAUCUUGACUCCAGUGGUAAGUCAAAAUGUGACUAUAGCCAAGUCAUCUUCCGUGCCUCAGUUUCCCUUUCUUUAAAAUGUGGAAGUUAAUCCUAGCACUAUUAAUUCACAGGCAUGUUGUGAGAAUAAACUCAUAAUCAAUGGAAAGUGCUUUGAAAUUGUUUUAAUUUCUAUAAUACUACUAAUAGUUAUCACUGCUAUUCUCACAUUUAGUUGUAUAAUGCUUAAAACUUUAUUCUUAUUAUAAUUCCUACCCAAGGGGACUUGACCUCUUUGUGGGAAAGUUUUCUUUGGGCACUGGGAAAAGGAGUCUAAACUAAGAAAGAUAGUAGGCAGAAAUGGUAGUUAGCUGUAUUGGAUGUUAGAGUAAGGCAGUAGUGAACAUCAGGAGUUGAAUCUGAGAAAAUGACAAGAAUAAAAGGAGUCAAAAGCAGUGGCAGGAGUCCAAGAGAAUGGGAGGUAAAAGGUAAAGAUGUAAAAUAUUUUGGCUUAAAUGAUAGUAUCAUUUUGAUAUUUAUCUUGUCAUUUUCAAAAUUCACUUCAGCAAGUAUUUAUUAAGCACCUAAUAUAUGACAGGCACUGUGCUAGACAUAGAAUAAAGAGACAAAAACAAAUAUCUCUGCCCUCAAGAUUACAUCUUACUUGAUGGCAGGUAUAGCAAUAUCAGAAGCUGAUUAUUAUAUAAUUAUAUUGUUUCCUAUGAAAUUAUAGUUAUAUUCUUAGUCAUUUUUAUCCAAGAUAAUGUUUAUGUCAUCUAUCCAUUGUGAAAUAUCUAUAUGGCUAUAUUAAGUGAUUACUAACCAACUUUUUACAUUUAUGAGGAGGGAUACAAUGGCACAGAUAACUGAAAACAUCAAUGCAAAAUCUUUUUCUAUUCAGUUUUUAUCUGCUUUUUCUUUGUAGCAGCUUUACUCUUCCAGUUAGAGUUGGCUAUGACAGAGUAGUGAUGGCGAAUGUAUGGUAUGCAUGCCACAAAUAACAUACAGAGUACUCUCUGUGGGCAUAUGGGCUGUCCUCCCCCCACCUUAACCCCAGAAUUCAUUACUAGAAAGGUAGAGGGACUUGAGCAGAACUGCUCCCUUCCCCCUCUCCACCGUGCCUGAUGACAUUCUUUCACAUCACUUGCCCCUCUGCCUAGCAACCCAAUGGGAAUACACAGAAGGGAGGGUGGGUGGCUCACGGGUGGCAGAGCUGAUAGGGAUAAGAGUGCUCUGGCCACUCCCCUCCCCCUCUCCACUGUGCCUGAUAACAUAUUUUCACUUCACUUACCCCUCUGCCCAGCAGCCCAAUGAGAGUACUUCCUCCCUCCCCUGUCUGGAGUAAGGCGGGCAGGUCACAGGCAGCAGAGCUGAAGGGGAGCAGAACUCUCAGGCCAAUACCCUUCCCCUCUCUAUACUCACUGAGGACAUUCCUCACUUCACCCACCCCUCUGCCCAUCAGCCCAAUGGGAGCAUUUCCUCCUUCUCCUGUGUGGAGUAAGGGCAGACCAGGGGGGGGGGGAGGUCAGGGCAGUCAGGUCUCUCAGGGCACAUGGUCUCUGAGGGCAUGGCAUGUGGUCUCUAAAAGGUUCUCCAUCACUGACUUAGAGCAAGUUAACAAAGGUAAUCAAGGCUCAGAGUAUUUAAACUACUGAACAUCUCUGACUACUUUGAAUUGAUGCUCCCUAGACUGGUUAUUUCAACAAUCAUUUUUUUAAAUGCAAAGUGCUUGGGAGAAAAUAAAGUCUGAUAAAGUGUG